CUGUGACGCCGGGAAGAGAGCGGAGGAGAAGCUCGGCAGUGACUGAGGGGUUAAAGUUGUCCUGGCUCCCCUGCCGCAGUCGGUGUGGCCGACCGAGAGGCUGCUGGACGGAAUACUAAAGCAGAGCGAGCCGAGGAGGACGAGGAGGAGGAGGAGGCAGGAGACACUGACAUUAUUUUUGCAGGCUGCAAAUUGCAUGUAACGACCGACACAGCGUCCAUCACGACGCUCCAAGGCAACGGAGCGAGCGUGCACACACACUGUGUACGCACGCACUCCGGCGCACAUAAACACCGCCAAGAAUAGGAUCUGAAGGAUGAACGGAGUGGCGAUUACGCAAAACGUGGCCGAGAUGCAGGGGGGCGCUGGGAGGACAGUCCGGCCCCAGCGUCCGCACGCUUCGGUGCCACAGUUCACCAACUCCCCCACCAUGAUAGUGAUGGUGGGACUCCCAGCCAGAGGCAAAACCUACAUCUCUAAGAAGCUCACCAGGUACCUGAACUGGAUCGGAGUUCCCACCAAAGUGUUCAACGUCGGGCAGUACAGGAGAGAUGCUACACGUGCCUACAACAGCUACGAGUUUUUCAGACCCGACAACGACGAGGCCAUGAAGAUCCGCAAGGCCUGUGCCAUCGCUGCCCUAAAAGAUGUGUGUGACUACUUUACCAGAGAACCCGGUCAGGUGGCGGUGUUUGAUGCCACCAACACCACCCCAGAGCGCAGGGAUGUCAUCCACAGCUUUGCCAAGGCAAACGGAUACAAGGUGUUUUUUGUCGAGUCCAUAUGUGACGAUCCUGAAAUCAUUGCUGAGAAUAUUAAACAAGUGAAGCUGAGCAGUCCUGACUAUGUGGGCUGUGACAAAGACGAGGCAGUGGCUGACUUCCUGAAGAGGAUUGAGUGUUAUAAGAUGACCUACGUCCCACUGGAUGAUGACAAGGACAGGAACUUGUCCUACAUCAAGAUCUUCAACGUGGGCAGCAGAUACCUGGUGAACCGGGUCCAGGAUCACAUCCAGAGCAGGAUCGUCUACUACCUCAUGAACAUCCACGUCACGCCACGCUCCAUCUACCUGUGCCGUCACGGAGAGAGUGAACUCAACCUGGUGGGUCGCAUCGGAGGAGAUUCGGGCCUGUCGCCUCGCGGGAGCAAGUUUGCCAGUGCUCUGGGUGCGUACAUGCGUAGCCAGCAAAUCAGCGACCUGAAGGUGUGGACCAGCCACAUGAAGAGGACCAUCCAGACCGCAGAGGCUCUGGGAGUCCCGUACGAACAGUGGAAGGCCCUCAAUGAGAUCGAUGCUGGUGUUUGUGAAGAGAUGACAUAUGAAGAGAUCCAAGAGAAUUACCCAGAGGAGUUUGCACUGAGGGACCAAGACAAGUACCGCUACCGUUACCCCAAAGGAGAGUCCUACGAGGACCUUGUCCAGCGCCUGGAGCCCGUCAUCAUGGAGCUGGAGAGGCAGGAGAACGUCCUGGUCAUCUGUCACCAGGCCGUCAUGAGGUGUCUGCUGGCCUACUUCCUGGACAACAGUGCUAAUGAGCUGCCCUACCUGAGGUGUCCUCUCCACACGGUUCUCAAACUCACCCCAGUCGCCUACGGUUGUAAAAUAGAGUCUGUCUUCCUCAACAUUGAAGCUGUCAACACGCACAGGGACAAACCAAUUAACGUGGAUGUGGACAGAGACACGGAGGAGGCCUUGGAGACCGUCCCAGAGCACAUCUAGAGCAGCACAGGGAGGCGGCUUCCUCUCCACCUGCCCUCAUGGAAAGUGGCCUAUUUUUUUUCUUUUUUAAUCCAAUAAUCAUAGUGAUCACUGUUGUUGUUGUGGUCGUGAAAUGGAAACCUUUGUGAUAAAUGAAAACCACAUUUCUCAGAUGGCAGUCUAUUUCUAUUACAAUGCACUUUAUGAGGCAGGGCUCCGGCCAAAUGUCUGUGAUAUGAAGUUGAGUUUUAUUUUCUGUGAACAAACGAGCCACUGGCCACAUAACCAAUAUCACUGUUUGGAUACUCCUGGUGCUCUUUUUCUCUUCUUUCUUUCUUUCUUUUUAAUCUCUCCCCUGUCCCUGUUUUCUGUUUCUUCUCACUUCUUCCACAAUGCAGCGGCCAAUGUAACAUUUUUGAAAACGGCCAAAGCAACCAGCCCGUGCUCAUGUUAUCUUGGAUCAUUUCAUUUCCCAUCAGAUACGUUGUCAUUCACAGCGGUGCAUUGCAGGCGUAUCCAAACCCUGGUGGGAAGGUUUCUGAUUGGACGAGUACUCGUAUCUGUCACAGCGGUACAACCAAUGACAUGGUGCUGUGAACCAAUCAGAACCAAACCUAAGAGAGAAGGAGCUCUGUUUGAGCUCUGCAAACUACACUACCCACAAUCCUUUGGGCUAAAAUCACGAGGGACAAGUCGGCACUAACUGCCCAACGCCAUCACGUGCCUCACUUAUUACUACAGAUGUAAUAACACUAUGCACACACACAAAAGGAAGAUAUUGGCCAUUUAUGUGUAUUUUAGCGACAUGCUCUUACCUCAUUUGGGCUGUUUUAAUAAGAAACUAAAGGGAACCUGUUGUCAUACUAACAGUUGAACUUGUGGUGCAAUGUGUCAACAUUUUUUGAAACAUAAUAUCUCUUCGUAUUUCAAAGUUCACUGGCUAAUUGUGAAACCUUGCUGGAUAUUAUUGACUUGGUGUGUAAUUUUGUGGAGAUUUGUCCAGUGUCGCUGUUCCCGCAUCAGUUUCACCUUCCCUGCCCUCAAGUCUGCAUCUCAAGGAUGACACAUUAAAGGGAUAGUCUGAGAUCUUUUAAUGUCAGUUUGCUGAAUCUUGCACUUGUUAGAUUGUGAGAGGAUCAUUUCACUGAAAAAGGGCCAGGUCGCUGAAACCAGUUUGUACCUUAGAAUGAAGGAGAGCACCCUGCACCCACAGUACUUGGGUUCAAGGUCCGCUGUCAGCUUGCAUCUGCCCUGCUGGAAGACGCUGCAGUCCCAAGGGCUUAAAGCAAGAAAAAAGUGAUUCUGAAAAGUUGUUGAGAAGGAAAUAUGUACAUGGUUUUCAAGUAUUUCAUGAAUGUGAAACAGCUCUGCCUGGGCCCUUUAAACCCCGAUGCCUCUUGAUGCUGAGCAGCUGCUCUUUAGUUGAGUCUGAGAAGACACUAUCAAUGAAGUAUAAUAUGCACCACUUUAAUACAAAAUACAAACACAGAUGGAGAGCCAUUUUUGUAAAUACACAAAUGUACAUUUUUUUUCCUGCUGUCACAAGUUCAGUUAGCAAACUGACAUUAAAAGUAAGAAACGAUCCCCUUAACGUCUCGUGGUCAGGUAAACUUGUGUUUCUGCACGUCAUCAAACUGUCUCCUUCAGCCAUAACUGCUGUUGUAACUCUGCUGCUGUUUGUCUAUGUGACUGUGCCCGUGUCUUCAGCUGUGCAGUGUGUGUAGCAAACUAGGAUGUCAAAGUGUUCUUAUUCAGGACUGUGUAACAAAGCAAGGAAUGUCUGAAAGUUGUGAUGAAUUAAGAGACAGUGGCAAUAAUUCAAGGUAAUAAUUCUGUAUAAAAGAUUUUAUUUUGUGAACUUGAAAAAAAAAAAAAAAAA